AUGGAGGUGGCCCCACAACCGACGAACGGGGACAACAGCAGUAGUAGGAGCAGAGCAGACUCCAAUGCCUCGUCGGACUGGGACGAUUGGGCGGACGCUAUGGUAGCUCAAGGCGAACCUCCGGGAGAGUCGGCGGCGGCCGGAGGAGCACCGGGAGGAGGGGUAGGAGGAGGCGGAGGAGGAGGCAUGGCUGUCGACGAACAAGACGAGGAAUGGGUUCGAUCCUUGAUGGAGCAGGGGACCGUUGGUUCCGUCAUCGAAGGCAUGGAAAGCCCUGCUUGGGACUACGUGUUGCAGAUGGUGGUGGAGGAGAGAGAGCGAGGCGGAGCGGCGACGGUAGAGUCCCCGGUGCAGGAGAUAACGGGCGUGGCCGCCACCGAGUUCGUGUCCCGAUGGCUCCGUAGCAACCUGCCAAUCACGCUACCAGCGCUCAACGCCCUCAAGCUCAUAGAAGGCGGUUGCGCGCAGCAGCACCAGCGAAUUGGGAGCAGAAGCGGUGACGGCCAAGAGCAACGACGCGUGCGUGGUGGGAGGGCGUUGGCCGACUCUGUUGCGGAGCCAUCCUCCGUGGCCGUGGUUUCCUGCUCCCCGGAACAGGGCAUGCACCGCGUCAACCUGUUCAGUCUCAGCGCUAACUCAGGCGCAGCUCUCGCCGCCGCCGUCGUGCAACCCGGGGCGGUCGGGCUUCUAGUCCCGCCGGUGGGGGCGGCGGCGUUGGGUGAGGAAACCGUGGCCCGGGGUUACAACAGCAACGACACCAGAGGAAGCAGCGGCGAGGUUUCGGGGAGACGGUCGACGGGGCCAGGGUGCAGCGAUCGUGGGGUCGUGUUCGAGUCCUUGGACUCGAGGAUUUUGGAGGACGCCCUAGUUUCGACGAUGAGGAGGCUCGGACUUGGUCUCAAAAAACGAUCCAGGAGCGGGAUGUGGAAGCUUCGACCCGGCGCCGUGCUACCCGCCGGCGAUACCUCGAUAACAUCGGCGGAAGUGAGACCCGUCACCCUCGAAGACGUGGGCCUCAUCGCCCGCUGCUGCUCCAGUGGACUCGGGGAGGUCGGUAGAUCAGAGGCGCUGGUGCGUGGCCUGAUUGGCCGAAACCCUUCCGCCGGAAUCCGGAGAGGAAGUCAGCUCGUGGCGUGGUGUCUUUCUUUCGACAACGGACUGGCCGGAGCCCUUUACAUCGCCCCCCAGACGACAGAGUCGGGCCUCCCCCUUCCUAUCCUUCCGCCCCUUGCAAGCGGAGGACAAGAAGAGGGACAAUUCUCGCCGCGAAAUAUGGUCCUGGCUCUCCUGGGGUCGCUGUUGGCUCGUCCACCGGGCACCGACCGCGCCGCAAAUAACACACCUACCGCUCGCACGGACGACGAAGCAACACGGUCUGUUUCAGAUGCGGCAUCGAGCACGGAGGAGAAGCAAGUGGGCCUCUCAGGCUCAUCGUUGGCGCAUGGCCGAGGUGCCGGUGGCGGCGUUAGCGUUGGCUUGGAGGCCGUUGUGGUUGACGACGAUUCGCCGUUCGUUGGCCUCUUCGGGGAGCUGGAGCUGCUUGAGAGGGUGUGCGAUGCGGAUUGGGUUCGAUUUGAACCUCUUACUAGCUGCAGCAGCGGCGCCAGCGGAGCGCCGGCAGUGGUGGCGCCGGUACCCUUGUCAGCGUUGGUGUUAAAUCCUUGACGUAUUUGCGAUUGUU